AUGGGGAAGCAAUACUUCUGCGACUACUGUGACCGCUCCUUCCAGGACAGCCUUCACAACCGGAAGAAGCACCUGAAUGGGCUGCAGCACCUCAAGGCCAAGAAGGUCUGGUACGACAAGUUCCGAGAUGCAGCCACCAUCUUGGUUGAGGAACAGAACAAGAGACCCUGCCGGAAGUUUCUGCAGAUCGGCCAGUGCGACUUUGGCUCCAAGUGCAGAUUUUCCCACAUGUCCGGGCAAGACCUUCAGGAGCUGAGCCUCCAGGUAGAGGAGGAGAGGCGAGCCAAGGAGUGGCCCCUAGAUGCCGUGGAGCUCCCUGACGUCCGUCUGGAGGACUGGCUGGAGAAGAGGGCCAAGCGGCUGAGCUCGGUUCCAAGUACCAGGGCUGAACCCGACAGCACCACCAUCUUCCAGUACCCCAUGGGCUGGCCGCCGGUCCAGGAGCUGCCACCAUCCCUGAGGGCACCCCUGCCUGGAGGGUGGCCCGCACAGCCCAACGUCCAAUGGGGCUGA